AUGGAUUGCUUUGAAGACGAAAUUGGCAAAAAUUCUCCAAUUAAUGUCAAUCAACAAUCAACCACAAAGUGUUAUGGAAAUUGUAACGUAAGCUUAGACUAUUCUGAAUUACAUCGAAAACACUAUGUAAAGAAACACAUUCUUCAAGAAGACGAUGAGGACACUUUGUUAGAGAAAGAUCAAACUAUUUCUGAAGAGAUGUAUGAAUAUGUGCUCGAUGUCACUCAAGAUUUUCUUCCACAGAAAAAUGUAAUGCUGAUACGAGAGUAUUUAUGUAAACAAGCACCAGUCGCGGAUGAUGGAACUAUUAUGAACAAUAUUUUUCUCAGCUUCCCUGAAUGUAAUCAAAUAAUGGUCCGACAACGAUCAUUCAUUAAGCACUUACAAUGUCACAAUUAUUCACCUCAGCAAUGCAAAGAUACACUGUACAACACAAUUAUUACUUCACUCAAAUCUCGCCAAUUUGGCCAACAUGUUGAGGGUAUUGUUGAGGAAAUAGCAACCAAAUUGGUAACCAAUACCUUUAAGCAAAUUCGAAUUCGAACAGAACCUGAAUUACCAAAAGAAUCAGUUAUUACAUUUAAUUCAGAAAAAGGAUUAUUUGUUCCAUCUAACGAGAAGCAAUCACAAGCAGAAAAUAUUUCAACAUCAAAUAUCGCCACCAUCGACUCUAUUUCAGAAGAUUCAACUCAAAUGUCAGAAACUUCACCUCAAAACAAAUAUGUAUUUUUUGAUUUUGAAACGACUGGAUUAUGGAAGAAUGAUGAUCCACCAAAAAUUACGGAAUAUUGUUUUGUGGACGUUUUGACUGGAGCUGUUUUGUAUGGCUUAGUUAAUCCUGGAAAAGUGAUUUCUAACCAAGCACAAUCAAUUACAGGACUUAACUUGAAUAGUUUAAGAUCAAAAUUGCCUAUUGAAGGGCAUGUGAAUGAUAUUAUCCAAUUUUUAAACAAUAACUCUCAAGGAAAAACUUACUUAAUAGCUCAUAAUGGAGACCGUUUGGAUUUUAAAGUUUUUGCCAAAGAAUUUUUCGGAAAGUUUUCUGAAUUUAAUCAUGACAAUAUUGUCUUUGUUGAUUCUCUCCGAUUAAUGAAAUCAGAAUCGACUUUACACAAUUGUCUUCCUCGGAAAAUGACAAAGAAAGGGAAAUCUAAACCAGUUUUUGCUGAGGAUGUAUUAAUUGAACACUUUAAUUUAGGAAAUGUCAACAAUUCACAUUGUGCAUUUUAUGAUGUUAUUGGAUUGCUUAAUAUUUUGAUCAAGUUUUAUGGUAAUCUCGACGAUGCAUUGAAAGCUAUCGAGUGCUUCAAUACCAACCAACUUAAAAGGAAAAAAGAGAAAAUUAAUGACAAUAAUGAUGAUGAACACAAAGCAAAGAAGAAAGUUGGAUGUAGAUGUAAAAAAGGAAAUAGUUUGAAUUGUAAUUGUGCCAAGCUUGGAAGAAUAUGUGAUGCAACUUACUAA